CUGUGGCGUGCGAGCGGCGGGCAGAGGCAGCGCAGCCCGGCGAGCUGCGGCAGUGACUCGGCUCCAGGGGAGGCUGCCGGAGCGGCGCGGCGCAGCGCGGCGCGUACACACACAGCCGGGCUCCGGGCAGGGCGGGCGAUGCGGCAGCAGCGGGAACAGCAGCAGCAGCAGCAGCAGGUGGUGCUGAUCAGCCGCAGGACAGGAGCCCGCAGCCGCCAUUAGACAAUAGGAGCCGCCAGCGCCGCAGCGAAGUGAAACUGCAGCCCCGGGCCGGGGCAGCGCGGCGGGGGGACGCGGCCUAGGCUGGGGCGCUGCGCCGAGGGGGGACAAAGGCGCGUCGCGGCGGGAGGAGGCGGCGGCGGGUCGCCCAGUGCCCGGGCGGAGCAGGCGGGUCCCGGCCCAGGCAGCCGCCGCAGCAGCAGCAGCCGGAGCCGCCUGCAUCGGAGCCGAGCCCGAGCCUGACAUGAUGUUUCCGCAAAGCCGGCACUCGGGCUCAUCUCACCUGCCGCAGCAGCUGAAGUUCACAACCUCCGAUUCCUGCGACCGGAUUAAGGACGAAUUCCAGCUCUUGCAGGCUCAGUAUCACAGCUUGAAGUUGGAAUGUGACAAGCUGGCCAGCGAGAAAUCAGAGAUGCAACGUCACUAUGUCAUGUAUUACGAGAUGUCCUACGGGCUCAAUAUCGAAAUGCACAAACAGGCUGAAAUUGUCAAGCGGUUAAAUGGGAUUUGCGCUCAAGUCUUGCCCUACCUGUCUCAAGAGCACCAACAGCAGGUCCUGGGAGCCAUUGAACGAGCCAAGCAAGUGACCGCCCCAGAGCUGAAUUCCAUCAUCCGUCAGCUUCAAGCUCACCAGCUCUCGCAGCUCCAGGCUCUGGCGCUCCCCCUGACUCCACUGCCUGUGGGCCUCCAGCCCCCUUCCCUCCCGGCUGUCAGCGCCGGCACCGGGCUCCUCUCGCUGUCCGCCCUGGGCUCCCAAGCUCACCUCUCCAAGGAGGACAAGAACGGUCACGAUGGGGACACCCACCAAGAUGACGACGGGGAGAAGUCGGAUUAAAGUGAGGGGUUGGGGGGGGGGAGAGGGGUUCAGUAAAAGAUGCAGUAUCGCUCUGGUCAACGCUCCGCAGAACUGCAGUAGUCUGUACGGUGGCAGCCCGCCAGGCACACAACCCGGGUGGUUGCACCAACUCCCCCCCCCCCCCAUGCCCACGAUGUAUGUGUGUGCGGGGGGCGGGGGGGUCCAAGCAUCCAUCUCCUUUGAGAACGGAAUAGAAAUGGGGCAGCAAUGAACGCCCCCGCUACGAACACGGGGCUGUUAAAUUCCACUCUCCGCCAGCCCCCAGCUCCCUCGGUCCGGGCCGAGCGCUGCUGUCACCCGUUGAUCUGACCCCGGGGUGUGCAGAUGGGCCCAGCUGUGUCUGGACUCCGGGUACUGCAUGCGAGCCCAGUGGUACCAUUCCCCCUCUCCCCGGCCCCGGUGCGUAUUCCAAGAUACAAACCCGUUCUCCAUCCCCGUCGUCCCUGCCCCUCCACGCCCCGACCUCUGUAGCUUCCGAGUGCGUCUCACUGGUUCGGGCUCUGUUCCGUCUCGGCACCCCCACCUGCACUAGUGCCAGUUCUGCACCUUGCUGUCCUGCAUGUAUCCCUGUUAAACCAGUCCUGGGAGCACAAUACUAGUCCAGUGCCCUCAGGCGCCAGGUGUCUCUUUUCCUGCUGCUUCUCCACUUCUAGCUGGAGCCCCCCCCCCGCCCGCUGGCCCUCCUCAGCAUUGAACCUGGCUGUCUAAGAUGGUGGGAGGAGCGGGGGGAGGGGAGAAAUCAGACCAGCUUAGAACCUCCCUCCGCUUCCCUGUCCCUCACCGUUUGGAAAAGGAUACUGCAGCUUUCUCUGUUUCUAUUUCAGUGCGCUAGCGUGUCUUUCUUUUAAAAAAAAAACCACAAAAAACAAAAUGGAAUUAAAAAAAAAAAGAAUCUCGUGUUUGUAUAUAGUCCUUUAGAGAGAAAUCUUGUUUGGCUUUUUGUGUUUAAUCACUCAACCUAUA